AUGGCACCCUCUCUGGAAGAGCCCAUUGUCUCAUCGAACCCGGCACCCGUCGUGGUUCCCACCAAGGGAGUCGCAGGCGGCAACAAAUUUGGCUAUGUCCCUGGACGGACACGCGUUGAAGAGCACACCAGCUAUGAGCAUGAUGAUCUUCUGCCUUCAUUCCCCAACAUCCACUGGGAACCUCUAGAGGAGAUUUACCACGAAGACCGGGGUAUUCAUGGAGACCCGAAGUUCCGCAACCUGCUCCAAGAUGCCUCGAAUGUGUUCGAUUACAACCCUAAAAUCGGAACGGAGAUCCACGGAGUCGACUUGGCCAAUCUGACCGACGCACAACGAGACGAUUUGGCCCGUCUAGUAGCAUACCGAGGUGUGGUCUUUUUCCGUGACCAGAAGAACCUGGAUGUUGAUGCGCAGCGGAAUCUUGGGAAGCACUUUGGACGGUUACACAAGCAUGCUACUACUUCCGUUCCACGCAAGGAAGGUCUGGAAGAUGUCCAUGUUGUGUACGCGGCGGACAACUCCCCAGACAACCGCGCACUAUUCAGCCCAAGCUUCUUGUGGCAUUCAGAUGUUACCUACGAAGUGCAACCUCCAUCAUACACCAUGCUGAAGGUGCUCACAGGUCCUCCCCACGGAGGCGGCGGCGACACACUCUGGUCAUCACAAUAUGCCGCAUAUGACGUCCUGUCCUCACACAUGCAGACCUACCUUAAGGGCUUAACGGCCCUUCAUUCGGCUGACAUGCAGGCCAACGACUCACGCGCCCUUGGUCGGCCAGUCCGCCGAGACCCGGUCACCACGGAGCACCCUCUUAUCCGAACAAACCCGGUCACGGGCUGGAACAGUCUAUUCUUCAAUCCCGGUUUCGUCACUACGAUCAUUGGUAUCCCCAAGGGUGAGAGCGAUGCCAUCAUCCGGUACCUCACUGAUGUGGUCGCUACAACUCAAGAGGCACAUGCUCGGUUCCAGUGGAACAAGGGUGAUGUUGCUAUCUGGGACAACAGGACAACGAACCAUUCUGCUACAUAUGGAUUCACACCCCACCGACGACACGCUGUCCGCGUAGCAGCCCAGGCUGAACGCCCGAUCUUGAAGGAAUCGGGCAAAUCACAGGAAGAUGAGGUCAAUGCGUUGUUUGGUCUGCCGGCAGUCAACAAGGAUGGAUCACGACAGUCCAAUUACAAUGACUAGAGGUGGAGCGGGGAAUUGCAGCAUUGGAAACUACAUCAUUAUUACAUAC